UGCGCGUGCGCAGGGCGGGCGACUGCGCGCGCACUUUUCCCUCGCCCGCCCCCCCCCCCACCCAGAACCAGAAGGCGGUACCAUGGCGGCUCCCCCGCCCGCACCCCCGCCACAGCCAGUCACCCACCUCAUCUUUGACAUGGACGGACUUCUUUUGGAUACUGAACGGCUCUAUUCAGUGGUGUUUCAAGAAAUAUGUGAUCGCUAUGACAAGAAAUACAGCUGGGAUGUAAAGUCCCUGGUUAUGGGUAAGAAGGCAUUAGAGGCGGCACAGAUUAUAAUAGACGUCUUGCAGCUCCCGAUGUCCAAAGAGGAGCUGGUGGAAGAAAGCCAAACGAAGUUAAAGGAAGUGUUCCCCAUGGCUGCGCUCAUGCCAGGGGCCGAGAAACUCAUCUUCCACCUGUGGAAACACGGCAUCCCCUUUGCCCUGGCCACCAGCUCAGGGUCUGCAUCGUUCGAGAUGAAGACAAGCCAGCACAAGGAGUUCUUCAGCUUGUUUUCUCACAUCGUGCUGGGAGACGACCCUGAAGUGCAGCAUGGCAAGCCAGACCCUGACAUCUUCCUAGCUUGUGCCAAGAGGUUCUCUCCCCCUCCUCCUAUGGAGAAGCUGCGUUCCACUUCAACAAUGCUUUGGCUGCGAUGGAAACCUGUCUCGUUUAAAGGAGCCGUGGUGGGGACCCCCCCAGAGACAUGCCUUGUCUUUGAAGAUGCUCCCAAUGGGGUGGAGGCGGCCCUGGCAGCUGGGAUGCAGGUGGUCAUGGUUCCAGAUGGAAACUUGAGCCGAGACCUGACGACAAAGGCCACCGUGGUGCUGAAUUCCCUGCAAGACUUCCAGCCCGAGCUGUUUGGUUUGCCUCUCUAUGACUGAAAGAGAGGGCCUCACUUUGCCACCCCCCAGCCCACUCUCAUGGUCCACACUGCUGGGGAAAAGAAAAGGAAAUCAGCAACUCUCAAACCCCAACAUGCAUAGUGAUUUUAACCUCCUGAGAUUGGUGUUUCCAUCCUGCGUUGGCUUGCCCUACUCUAGCAUAUUGAUAAAACGUGACUUGACAGUUGAGAGAAACACAGUAGAGACAGAAACGAAGCCCAGAACAAAGAUGAAACUUGAAUUACCAUCUCAAAAAUCAGGCUGACGGACUAUGCGAUAAAGUGAAUGUACAUGUAUAUAUCUACACAUGCACCUCUAUAUAUGCAGAUGUAUAUCAGUAAGUUAAUAUGCAUGUAGGAAAUUACAUGUGUAUGUAUGUAGAUAUAUGUGAAAUACAUACUUUUCAAAGACAAAAAUGGAACAUCAUUUCUCUUUUAUUCUAGUUUUUCUGAACACUGGGAAAUGUAAACUGUGUAUGCAUAUAAGUAUAUGCUUUAUAUAUUCAUAUGUAUGUACAUAUAUCUGUCAUCUGCAUCACUCUCCUCAGUGUUGAUGUCAGCAUACAGUGACAACUGAUAAAGCGAGAUGGUAGUUCUGCCUGGCUUCCAGUCUGUGUGGGAAAGCCCUGCUUUUGAUGAGCACUAAGAAGUACUUCUCCUUGUUAGCUAACAUUUAAAUUCUUUUUGUGACCUCAGAAUAUCUCUGGAUCUUUCCUCAUUGACUGACUCUGAGCCACAUCAUCCAUAGUUUAUUGUUAAUAUGAACACAACUGUAGCAUUUACCUGGUAUCUACAUCCUUAUCUACAUUGGAGAAUGCUUUCUACCUCAGAGCAAACAUUUGCCUCCUUAAAGAACACUGAUGGCCUACACUUUUUGGAUAGAAAUAGAAGUUGAUUUCAGAAAGUAUGCUUGGUGAGUCUGAGUGCCCUGGGAACACUUUUGGAAUAAUUUAUCAGACAUUGAACUUCUGUGAUUAAUUGCUUUUAUAGAUUUACACAGUCUUUAAAAUUUGUCUGUGAUUUGCCAGAGAAAAAUGGUGGUAGCCAUGGAAAUCGGGAGUGAAGGAGUGCUGCUCCAUUGUGGUUCAGCCCUUCCCAGUGGCCUCUGCUCUUUGAUGUCUUUGAGAAGAUCUUCAAUCCUGGAAGUUGCAGACAGACCAUAGGAAGGCAUGUAUGUGUGUGGUGGAGUGAUUGUCUGUGGAUGACAGGCCCUGGCUAUUGCAUCAAUUUAGCAAAUUUAUUUCCUCAUUCCCAAUGGCCUAUAUACAUGUGCACUUUGAAUGCUCCUCUUAACCAGUUGUAUUGUCUUACUGUUUCCCUAACAAAUUGAAUUAGUUUAAUAAAAUCUUUUAACACAUGUU